GAUAAGCACCUAAAAAGAGUCGCCCAACGAUGGUUUGUUGUUGUUGUUUUUUUUGUCCAAGUGCCUCUCCUGUCAAGUGUCGUCAGAAACGCGAACGUACGUGAAAAUUCUAAUCUAUUAGUCAUAGUCACACAGCCACAGCCAAAGCGACAAGAAAGAAAAACAUCUGUAGAACGGAUGAUACAGUGCCGAAGGUCAGCUUUUUCUGAUUCCCCGGUAGUUGGUUGUAAAACUAGCCAAGCGCUACGUAAUCUAAGCCAUCGCAGUGAAAUAGAGAGUGCUAGUUCGUGAAUCGGCGCAGUGAGUUGAUGCAAUCGUUGGUCGGUGUUGUGGUUUAGCAAGGCGUAGAAAAACGUUGCCGCACACGAUACUUUGCGAGCAGAAAAUAUGUUGAAUGUUCCUACAAGUGCUCUACGUUGAUUUGUGUUCGCCCGACCAAACGAUCCUUUCUCCAUUCUCCUUCCCCCACCCGUUUAGUUUAGUUAGCCCCGUAAACCUGUAAACCUACCUCGAAAUGUGCCGCCAAGUGUCUUCCCGUAAUCCUUGUACAAACGCUCAGUAUUAUUAAAUCCACUGCUGCAACGCGUGGGAUCAGGCAGCCAAAAGCCGAAGUAGCGUGUACCUUCCGAUUGUGUGUCUGUUCUAAUGCAAAUGGCUUGGCUCGGGAUCGGUGCACUGGCAUCCGGUUUAGUUAUCCAACGAUUGUUGGGCGGUGACGUGCCGCCCAACAAGGUGCAAGAGGUGAAGAAUGAGUCCUACAUCAACCUGCAAGUGCUGCACAGAAAUGAAUCGAUGCGACUGUUUGCCCCGAACCCGAAUGCGCCCGACAAAAAGGUCGUGUACGAGAUCAUACUGGAACGGCCCCACUCGGAAACGAUCAACACGUCCUACAGCUUGUACCGUGCACCUACACAAGCGGCAGCGGAAGAAAAGUUUGAAGCCUUCCAUAAACGUCUGCCGGAGUUAGUUAAAAUUGUUCGCGAGAUGUACAAUAUUAACGGUCUGCAGAAGCUUUGUGAUGUACUGAUUGAAAACCCUUCCUGGUCCCUGGCACACAUCGUUGCUUUUUUCAAUCUUACCGACUACAUUUCGAAUCCUAGUAUUAUAGACUUCCUCGACUAUGCCGAAUAUGCCGAUAUGAUGACUCCUUUGCAGGUUGCCGUAAAGGCCAACAACAUAGAGUUUGUGAAAGCCUUGGUACAAUCGAAUCAGUGCAAUCUGGACCAUCUCGAUAAGAACAGCAACUCGGUGUUCCAUUUCGCAGCGAGUACGACAAAAGAAAUGAUAAAUCUUUUAACAGCAAAAAGUAUUUCGAACCUGAACCAUUGCAACACCGACGGCUACACACCGCUCCAUCUGGCCUGUUUGGCGGACAAACCGGACUGCGUGAAGGCUUUACUGUUGGCCGGUGCCGACACGAACAAAAUGGCCCGUGGCGCUGGAACGUCCUCGUACAGCAAAUCCAUUCCAUCGACCUGCACUGAUGAACCUUCUUCUACAGGUAAUGUGGCUGAUUUUCUUGUCAGCAAUCCAAAUAAACUAUUCACACAGGACAUGAAACACGGUGGCACCCCGCUACACUGGAGCUCCAGCCGUGAGGUGUUGAACUCGCUAAUAGAGCGCGGCUGUGACGUGAAUUUAGUAAAUUUCAACGGUCAAACUCCGCUCCACGUGAUGGUAGCGCGCGAUCGGCUGGAAUGUGUGGUGGCGCUGCUGGCCCACGACGCUGAGAUUGACGUAGUCGACAACUCGGGCAACACUCCGCUGCACAUCGCGGUGGAAAAGAAGCUUAUUCCGAUCAUCCAGUGUUUGGUGGUGUUUGGCGCUGACUUCAACAAACCCAACAAGGACGGCAAGACGCCACGCCACAUGGUGGGAAAGGAUGACAGCGGAUCGAAGGAUUCGAUGAUCCUGUACAUCUUACAUUCGGUCGGAGCCAAACGGUGCCCGGAGAAGGGCAACAAAUGUCCGCCGGGGUGCGCGGCCGGUGGCACGUACAAUGGCAUCCCACCGGCGCAACCAGAAACCUCCGAGCAGCGGCAACACAUCCAGCAGGUGCUGGCCCAAACGACCUCCAAAUCGCAUCGCAACAGCGUGCCAAGCCUGAUAUCGAGCACGAUCCGUGCCACCAUACCCGAGGAGCGCGAGCGACGGGAGGUGAAAACGAUAGACGUCAGCCAGGAGCGUAAGGGAGCGAGCAUGAUGGACGCGUUGCUGUCGAUGUUUAUGAAUAAGGUGGAGGCCGCCUCGAAGCCAACGUCACCCACGUCCACGACCUCAUCGCUGAAGGGAGGAAUGAAUUUGCUGGGAGAUUUCGACGUUGGUGACGAACCGAUGCUAACGGACGAGGUUGCUGGCACGGAAGCUUCCAAGAGCAGUCCGACCGGCGAAUCCUCCGGCGGUGCUCGAACGGACGCGUCCAGGCCACGAUCGCCAUGUGACACUGGUGGCAGCGAAACGUACAACGGACGCGGUCGCUUGCUGUGUCUCGAUGGCGGUGGCAUUAGAGGGCUAGUGUUGGCGCAGAUGCUGCUGGAAAUAGAGAACCUUGCCCAAACGCCCAUCGUGCACCUGUUCGACUGGAUCGCCGGCACCAGUACCGGUGGCAUUCUGGCGCUUGCGCUCGGCUGUGGCAAAACGAUGAAGCAGUGCAUGUGCUUGUAUCUGCGCAUGAAGGAUCAGGCAUUCGUCGGUUCGCGUCCCUAUCCAAGCGAUGCGCUCGAAACCGUACUGAAGGAACAGCUGGGAGAGUUCACCGUCAUGUCCGACAUCAAGCAUCCUCGUUUGAUGGUGACGGGUGUGAUGGCCGACCGGAAACCGGUCAACUUGCACCUGUUCCGUAACUAUGAAGCCGCCAGCGACAUUAUGGGCAUCGUGACGCCCUCGAACAAUCGUGGCCAGCCACCACCGCCACCGAGCGAGCAGCUGGUGUGGCGUGCGGCAAGAGCGACCGGCGCAGCACCAUCGUACUUCCGUGCGUUCGGUCGCUUCCUUGACGGUGGCUUGAUCGCGAACAACCCCACGCUGGACGCGAUGACAGAAAUCCAUGAACUGAAUGCGGCACUGCACUACGUUGGCCGAGCGUCGGAAGUGGUCCCGGUUUCGGUGGUGGUUUCCCUUGGCACGGGAUUAAUACCGGUGGUGGAUCUGAAGGAAAUCGAUGUGUUCCGUCCAGACAACCUGUGGGACACGGCCAAGCUGGCGUACGGUAUCUCUACCAUCAGUACGCUGUUGGUAGACCAGGCUACCGCAUCGGACGGCCGUGUAGUGGACCGAGCCAGGGCGUGGUGUAGCAUGAUCGGUGUUCCGUACUUCCGCUUCAAUCCGCAGAUGUCGGUCGACAUUGCGAUGGACGAAAAGAUUGACGAGCCGCUGAUCAACAUGCUGUGGGAGGUGAAGGCCUACAUGCACAGCAACCGGAAGCAGGUUAUAGAGCUUAUCAAUCUGCUCAAAUAGCAGCAGCAGCAGUAAGCGCUCAAGCCAAGCGUAAGGUUACGUUACAAACAUAAAGUAUAAAAGGAAACUAUAUUUACCGACGUUUUCUCUGAAUUCGCACCAACCCAACCACCCUCCAAUAAUACGCCCCACCCAGUACGGUAAGAACAAACUAGAGUUAGCCGAAAGCAACAGGAAUUGCUUUAUUCUCUUCUUUCUGGCUCUCGAACAUUCCCGACAAAUAUAGAGACAAAUUUUGCUUCUUUUUAUAAAACAAACGGUAAAAGUAUAGAAACGAAAAUAACAAAGGGGAAACAGUACCGAGCGUCCGUCUUGACGGCGAGCUUUGCCUCCUCAACACAGGUUCUCUUCAAACUGUCCAAACAACGGAAUCGUACUGAAUUGUUGACAAUAUCUUUAGAAAACGAACAGUUUAUGUAGACUAUCGACAGCGAUCAGCAGACAAACGGUUACAAAACCAAACAAACCAAUAGUUUCAAUAGUGAUGCCACCAAACGAAUAAGCAAACUGCAUCGAAAUUUGGGUGCGGAAGUAACCCCGGAUUGCUACUAACCAAAACAAUAAGUAACGUUCAACAAUGUACGGGAGAAGCAAACAAACAAACAAACAAACAAACGGGCCGAAAUGGUUAGAUUACGAUAAGAUGAACGCAAAAUACCUUUUUGCCGCGGCACUGGGGUAACGAAAACACAAAAGUGUCGUGUGUGAACUAGUGAUGGGCAAAAUCUUCAAUCGGAAUCGAUUCCGGAGCGCUCCAAAUUUUUUGCACUCGAUUCCGAAGAGUAGGUCCGGAACAUAUUUCGGAACCGGUUCCUGAUUGUUUGCGGAAUUGAAUUUUUACUUGUUUAUUCACAUUUAAUACUAUGCAUGAAAAAUGCAUGAAAAACACAAACUGAUGAUUUUUGGUUGAAUGAAUGAAUGAAAAAACAACUUGAACACGUCGUCCUCAGGAGCUCGCGACAGACCCGAUCAAGAAGCUCUACUGCUCGUUGGUUCGAUACCUCCAUUGUAUGGUGGGCUUCUGCUGCUCAACACCUGGUCCGUAUUUUUUUUGCCACUACAACCGCGUUUGGCUUUGGCCUUCCAUUUUUGUUUCCUUGACUUAGUUUUACUUACAUAGCAGGAUAGUCAGGCCUGCGUAGGGUUCAGACUGGACUUUCGGUGUGAAGACCAGCGUAGAUAUCACCUCUUCAACCGAAACUGCUAUAACAAUUGAUCUUUUAUUGAACAUUUUGCUUCGAAACAAUCAUCAUUCGAACAAAGUCACAUUCCAAAUGAAUGAUAAAGCUAGAAUCGUCCGUAAACGUAACAUAAUAUCAGUUUAUUUUUUUUAUAUAUAAAUUGAUAUUCAUAAAAAUUAAAUGAAAUUCUUAAAAGAUGCAUAAUUAAGCAGUUUUUUUUUCAUUUGAAAAGUUAGGCCAAAAUGAUAAGGUUGAAUUGUUGUAAUAUCGUUUAUUAUAUUAUAACUCAACGAAGGUGAAGGCUUACAUAAAGCCUACAUCAAGCACUUAAUAGUUAAAACACUUAACGAUUAGAAGGACGGACGGUUCGAAUACAUUUCAAAAGCGCAGCGCGGGGCGUGUCCGGUUGUUGACGAUUACUGAUUAAAUUAUAUUCACGGCACAUACGGAGAAAGGGAUCAUAGGCACUGAAACGGCUUCGGCCAGAGAGCCCAGAGAGUAUUUUUGAGGGGUGUCGAUCCGGUAGUCCCGCAACAAAUAGUCUCUGGUCGUUGCAAUUAAGCUGGCUCUACGACUCGAUACCCAAAAGCGCACACCGAGCGUCGUAAUCCAUUUGAACCCUCCAGAAGCGCAAUGCGAACCGGGUGAAUUUGCGCUGGACGGAUUCCAAGCGGGCCAGGUGUUGAGCAGCAGAAGCCCAAUGGAGGUAUCGAACCAAGGAGCAGUAGAGUAGAGGAGCAGAUGUUGAUCGGGUCUGUCGCGAACAGGUUGCUUAAGCAAACCCAUCAGCUGGUUGCUCUUGAUGACGACGUGUUCAAGCUGUUUUUUUUUUCUAAAGACACAAUUUCAAAUUGUGAUUAAACGGCAUUAUUUCGUCAACCAAAAAUCAUCAGUUUGUAUUUUUCAUGCAUUUUUUUAACAAUAGUAAUGAAUAUUAAUAAACAAGUAAAAAUUCAAUUCUGGAAUCGGAUCCGCAAUCGGAACCGGAAUCGGAUCCGUAACCGAUUCCGAGCGCCCAUCACUAGUGUGAACAGUGUAUUAACAUGUUUCAUUCGUGAAAGCUGCCUGUAGCUUGUGGCCCGUUUAGCUAGCUGUCCGGAGAGGGCAUCGUUUCAUUGUGAUUGUCGUUGUCAUUGAUGUUUAAGAUUGGUACCGUUGUUCUAUUGUUCUACAGUAAGUAGCGGUGGUGCCCGAAAUGGUCAGCCAGGAGGUGGUACAGUGCGAUAGCAAAUGCGUAUGUGUUAGUGCGUAACAAUAGUUUCCUCGUAAUGUUUACGCUCAGUUGUUUGCAAGGUUGUCCGAUCUUUACAAGCACAUACAGUAUUGGACAAAACAUGUGCAGCUCAAUUCGAGCAAUCCAAAGCAAAAGCAUUAGCAAAUCUCAAUUUAUCGAAAUCGGUUACGAGCAAGCUGCUGAAGUUGACGGUUCAGGACGGUCUACUAAAUGUUUGUUUCGUGGUGAUUAUUGCCACUGUCAGCUGGCAGUUCAUCGGUAGUUGUUUGUUGAAAAGAGCCAAUUUGUACUGGGCAAAACAAGUUCAACUUCUCUUUCCUUCAUGUGAAAAAAUGGAACGUUUCUGUGCUCCAAAUUUGCUGGAGAUGGAAGACCACGGUCCACCACGUCAAGAAAGCACGCAUCGCAGUAUGAUCGUAAGAUACAUUAGACAGGAUCUUUGUAAAUCUUCCUUCAAGGUGCAAGCGGUUUCGAAGGUUGUCUGAAGAACGGUUGUUUUUCCGCGGACGAUUUUGGUCCAAUUCAUCGAAUCGAUGUAAAAUCAUGGACCGUUUCAUGUAUAAAAACAAUGUCAAAUAUGUUAUGCUGCUUUAAGCGGAAAGGAAUAUUCCAUUAAGAUGAAUAAACAAUGACUAAUGCACCGUGCUCGAAAUAAGGAUCAGUCGUUUGCACAAGUGCAGCAGGCUUGGCAGGCCUUUUAAUAAGCAGAACAGUUCCACCAUACUUCAUUGGCCGCCUGAUAUUGAUAUGUCCCAGUUGACUUUCUAUAAACCGUCAAUGUAGAGAUUUAUGAUAAGGAUUGACUGACUGCAAAUGUUUUGUUCAAUGCUGUAACAACCCACCAAACAUUGGCGCGAGUCAACCAACGACGGCCAACAUGGGCUGAUUGUGAUUUAGUUUGAUCGAUUUAAUGAAUUGCUGCUGAUCGGAAGUAACUCUUCCGAGCUCACCACCAUACGCACCAAAUAUCUGUAUCCUAUUUAUGUUGCCUAUUGUUUAUUGCUGAUCAUCUAACUGAUUAAUGUGUGUGUGUGUGUGUGUGUGUGCGCGAGUCGCUGUGUGUAUGGGAGAGUGGGGGUUUAGUAGUGGAACAUUUUCUUCCAAACAAAUCGUUCCAGCGAUAUUUGUAAUUUAGCCAAACACGAGCAUCGCAAUCGUUUUGUGAGCCUGUGUUUGCUUUCCUCUCCACAUUUAUUUCGCCCUGCGUAGCGGAUCAUCAUUGAGUGGCCUGUGUCUCACUUGGCAAUUGUUAAGAAAAAGACAAAUUUGGCUUGCUGUUUGGUUGUUUAAAAAUCAGAAGACAAAAAUUCAAAACAAACUAAUACACUCGAAUGUGCUUCUUGUACAUUGGCAGAAAAGCAUUGUGCAACUUGUCGUCGUGCGUUCAGGGAAAUGGUUGUUGCGGGAAAUGAAUGUUAUUGAUCUCGGAGAUAACCCGCAGUUGCUAGCAGGACCGAUCCCACGCGCAUUUUGUAAUACAUUUUCUGGUCUGGUGUGCAGGUGACGUUGAUCUAUUUUAACAUAUUGAACGAAACAAUCGUAGGUUCUGGCGUGUUGGUACAGAACGAAAAGCAACAGCAGCAUUGCGUAUUUUAAUAAAUUGUUGGACACAGUACAAUAUCAAAAUAAAUGUGGAAGGUGCGUGCGCGGGUGUUGCAUCAUUGAAGUUACCUCA